UUUAGGGCAAAAAUUCCCCCUCUUUCCCUGCAAAAACAAACCCGCUAGACUCGUUCGCACUACUCUUAGAAAUUAUUUGUACUUUAAAAUCAAAAACGAAAUGGUGAAAUCCUUGGCAACGGCGCAGCUUCAUCAAGAAGAGGAAGACGAUGAUGGUUACGAAGAUAAAGUGAAAAUAGAAGGGAAGGGAAAUGAGCAAAAGACGAACACUAAUCUGUCUAAGCAUUCUGAGACUGAGCAGCGUAGAAGAAGUAAGAUUAAUGAAAGGUACCAGACUUUGAGAGAUAUUAUACCUCAAAAUGAUCAAAAGAGAGACAAGGCAUCUUUUCUGUUAGCGGUCAUAGAGUACAUUCAGUUUUUACAGGAAAAGUUGCAAAUAUAUGAGGGAUCGUACCAAGGGUGGAGCCAGGAGCCAACAAAAAUGAUUCCAUGGAGAAAUCAUCAUGGGGUUGCAGAGAAUUUUAUUGAUCAUUCUCAAACUAUGAAGAAUGGAUCUAGUUGUGAGAAAGAUGGUUUCAUUCCGUCAAUGGUUGCGAACAUGCAGAAUUAUUCAAUUGAAUCUGACUUGGGUGAUGUUUCAGCUUUUGAAGCACUGGAUCAUCCCCCUGCAUGUACUAAUUCUAUGGUUAACACGCAGACACAAUCUAACACAAUUGCUACUCAUGGAAGAGGUAGCAUUGCUUUUCAUGAGUCUGUUUCUGAUUCUGAGAACAUGGUACACCAACCCCAGUUUCAGUCAUGGCAAAGUAGAGACUGUCUGACUGAGAGUGUUGUUCCGAACAAUUCAGCUCUUGAACAGGAAGACUUGACUCUCAGAGAUGAAUCUGUAGGCUUCUCAAAUGCUUACCCUCAAGGGAUAUUGACUUCUUUGACCCAGGCUCUACAGUCUUCAGGAGUGGAUAUGUCACAGGCAAGCAUCUCUGUGAAAAUUGAUGGUGGUAAACGACUAACUACUGGAGUGACUUCUGUGCCACUGCCAUCUGAUUCUAAGUAGAAAGAAAUCCAAUAUGUAAGCAAUCAAGCGAUGCCACAAACUGGAGUUCGCAGCUGCACAGAGGAGUCUGAUCAGGCUUAUAAGAGGCACAGAACUGGAAAAUGUUAGUGUAUGAUUUUUGGUCUAUUUCUUUGUCCCAUUUUCUUCAUCCAGUUCCUUUUUAAGUUGAUUCGGGUGCUCAUUUUUUUGCUAUUCCAUGUACCUCAUAUUAUUAGGUCUUGAAGACCAAAUGUAAAUGUUUAGGCAGCUUGGUUUGCCAAGUCACAUCGAUUCUCCAAGGGUGAUCAUUGUUAUAUAUUCUUUUACUUAAAAACUUGUUGGGGACAUAG